AUGCCUCUCACGUAUUUAUCCUCAAAAUCUGUGCUCCAGUUUAUCGAUCCUAACCUGAGAAUCGAGUUCCGCCAAAGAUGUCCGGGAAUCCGCUCCACCGAAAAGAGUAUUCCAAUGCGAAUCGAUGAAGUCCAGUUGACGCCGACAAUGAUCAGAAUCAAUAAGAAGACGUAUCGAUUGUGUCUGUAUGAGUGUUAUCGAGAGGAUUCUGAUUUAACAGUGGAUAAGAUGCCAGAAGGAAUUCGAAAUGUGAGAAAGAUGUCACGAGAAAGGGAUCAUGACGUAGAUCACUAUGGGAUCAGAGACCAACCAGAAGCAACCAUCAGAUUUGUUGAGAGAUUGAGACAAGAUUUGGAUAUUGAACAUUCGAAAGAUAUGUAUUACAAGGCAAAGCAAUUAUUAUCGAUUGAGACGAAUCCAGUGGAAAUGAAGGCGUUGGAAGAGAGAAUCAAUCAUUACGGAUCGAUUUAUUAUCCGUAUUUAUUGAGAGAGAAAGAGACGCCGAGAUAUCGAAUGCCUUAUUUUUAUUUUAUCAAAUUGGUUGCCGGAGAGAGAACAGAGGUUGUCCAGUACAGUAAGACACUUGGAGACGCAUUGAAGUACUUAUUGAAGAAGAUAUUCGUAGACAAUCUAGUCAUCAGGACGCUUGAAAUCAAGCCAACCGCCCCUUUUUACUACAGUAUCCCCUAUAAUCUAUCGGUUUGUAAUCUGAAAAUCACUCAGCAGACAUCAACAGCUCUCAACGCAUUCUUUUUCUCCUCUCCUCUCCAAAAACUGGAAAUCUUAGCUCACCCACGUGAAAUUGUUGACUACAGUAACCCCACUCUAAAAGACGCGAGAAUUGUCGUUUCGACAGGAGUCGUGACAAGAGAACACGUCGAAAGCUUCAUCAAUCGACGUGUCAUCUUUUCCAACCCGAUAGGCGACUUCUCUGUGUUAGAUGUGUUGCCAUGUCUCGUGAAGAAAUGGAUAAGUGUCACUCCAAAUAUCGGCACUCAUUUCUCGUUCUCACAUCGUGAUUGUUGUUCUGCUGAUUGGCUAAUGCGAGGUGUCGGAAGAGUGGAUGGAGCAAGGAAAUGUCGCAUUCCAGAAGGACGAAAUUCCGAUUGUCGCGUGUAUAUUACAAUCGAGUUGAGCAAUGAGGAGUCAGAAAUAAAUGUGUUCUACGAGGGGGAUGAUAUUCAUGUGAAAGUCUAUCAGAAAGGACAUGCGAUGUCUGUCGAAAUGGAUAACGUAUUGCAAUUGAACCAAUAA